AUGUUGACGUCACCCAGAAGUAUUCCAUCACCAUCCAACCUGCAGGUGGAGCCCAGGCUGGAUCCACACCAUCAAGACCAUCUGGUCAUUUGCAGUUUGAAGCCUCUACACAGCGUCAGAUCUCCUGUCACUUAUCAGCAACAACUCACACAGUUUGGGGUGUGUGUGAAGCAGGACCACCCUGACCUGGGACAGAAAGCUUUGGAGCAGCGACUACCGUUUGCCUCCACAUAUCUACGUGAGGCCUCCUUCUCUGCAACUGUGAUCAAAGCGAAGCAAAGAAACAGACUGUGCCUGGAGAAGAGCUUGAUCACAGCAGUCGCCUCCCUGUCACCAAGACUGACAAAGAUCAUCAGUGAAGCACAAUGUACAGUGGGCGGGGACUUUGACUUCAACCCGGCGCCCUCUGACCCCUCCGUAGAUUUGCUGCUGGUGGCCGGCGGCGUCGGGAUCAACCCCUCGUACUCAACCCUGUUGCACACAGCCAGUCUGCUGCAUCUCAACCAGGCCUCUGGUGGGCGGGACUACAAGAUCGGCUCUGCUCACCUCUGCUACAGCGCCAAGAACACCCAGGAACUGCUCUUCAAGAGCUCCAUCAUCAAGGCAUGUGGGGAGUUCCCUGACAAGUUAUCCUGUGACCUCCACGUCACGCAACAGAGCACAGAUGUCGACCUGCACCUCCAGCCAUUUAUCAACCGCGGGAGAAUCACAGAAGAGGAGUUGCAGGCUCAUGUGGAUCCGCAGAGGACUUUGUGUUUCCUGUGUGGGCCCCGGCCCAUGAUAGAAGCACUUUCAAAAACACUCAUGGACUUCGGCCUCCCGAAAGAUAGAAUCCUCUUCGAGAAAUGGUGGUAG